AUGGAUGACAAAACUGAGCAGGUGAAUGGACGUGAGAUCGAGAAUGUCAGUCCCACACACAAACCAACCAGGAAGCGCAGAUGUCUAGGGCACUGCAAGCGCUUCUGGUGGAUAUAUCUCCUUGUGGUCAUCGCCAUUGUCGUUCUCGUCGUGUGCCUAGUCAUCUUUGUUGGUCUUCCGAAAAUCGCCCAAAAUAAAAUCAAUGACGCCAAGCUCGAGAUCCAAGGUGUCAACGUCCUCGAUACCCAAAGCGAGGCCUAUCGCCUGGAGAUCAAUUCCACAAUCACCACAGAUGGCAAGAUCCAUGCCGACAUCGACCCCUUUGUCGGAGAUAUGUACCUGGAGGACGCAGAAGGACAGAGACCCUUCGCCAGCGUCGACUUUCCCAAAACCUCGGCCGAGAAAUUAUUGGCGGUCAAUACCAGCCAGGCACUUACCAUCACAGACAUGGAUGCCUUCACGCAGUUCAAUGUUUGGUUCGCCAGCAACGAAACCCUCCGCGUCACUAUCAAGGGCGACACCAAAGCCAAGCCCGCCGGCCUAGACCGCAAGUACGGCGUCACGUUCAAGAAGACGCUCGACAUCAAGGGCCUCAACCACUUCAACGGCCUAGAGGUCCUUGAAGGCAGAGUGGCUCUCCAGAAGGACAGCCAAGGCAACAAUUUCUGGGGCAAGGCAAGAGUUCCCAACGCCUCCCAUUUCACUCUUGACAUUGGAAAUAUUACAUUUGCCAACUACAUCGGCGAUACUCAGUACGGCAACAUCACCAUGGACAAUGUGCUUCUGGUCCCUGGCGACAAUACUUAUGACAUUCAAGGGAGCCUGAACCAAGUUGGUAUCCUGCAACUGGUCCAAUCUCCAGCAUACUGCCAGACUGGCGUCAUUCCCCUCAAGAUGCUUGGCCAGUCCGUCACGAACAACGGGCAAAGUCUCAGUUACUUUGCUACCGCUCUCGGAAGCGCCAACGUGACUGUCGACGUUAAUAUUGGUCAAAUAAUCAAGAGCUCCCUCAACGUCAACGUCUCCUGCAGCUCUUAG